CCUCCGGGCUUGGGAGAGUGGCAGUCAUGGCGCCACCCGUGAGGUACUGCAUCCCGGGCGAACGUCUGUGUAACUUGGAGGAGGGCAGCCCAGGCAGCGGCACCUACACCCGGCACGGCUACAUCUUUUCGUCGCUUGCUGGCUGCAUGACGAAGACCAGCGAGAACGGCGCGCUUCCUGUUGUGUCUGUGAUGAGAGAAACAGAGUCCCAGUUACUGCCAGAUGUGGGAGCUAUUGUAACCUGUAAGGUUUCUAGCAUCAAUUCACGCUUUGCCAAAGUACACAUCCUGUAUGUGGGGUCCACACCACUUAAGAACUCUUUUCGAGGAACUAUCCGCAAGGAAGAUGUUCGAGCUACUGAAAAAGACAAGGUUGAAAUUUAUAAGAGUUUUCGCCCAGGUGACAUUGUCUUGGCCAAAGUGAUCUCCCUAGGUGAUGCACAGUCCAACUACCUCCUGACCACUGCCGAAAAUGAACUAGGGGUGGUGGUGGCCCACAGUGAAUCAGGUGUCCAGAUGGUUCCCAUCAGCUGGUGUGAGAUGCAGUGCCCUAAGACCCACACUAAAGAAUUCCGGAAAGUGGCCCGAGUACAGCCUGAAUUCUUGCAGACCUAAGAAGUCACAUUUUACCCCAAGGAGGGGGUAAGCUGUUUCCAAGAGUACAUGUAUGAAAGUAACAGUAAAAUGCCAUUGUCUUUAUUCAAAUACCUGGGGUCAUCCAGCAACCAGCUCUAGAAAAGUCUGCCAGAAACUGUAGGUAGAACACUUUUCUUGUGAACCUUUCAAUGGAUUUCAUUCUCUUGAGUGAUAAAUUUCUCUUUUGGAGGCUCCAUAAACAAACUGUAUAAUGUUGGAAAUAACCUAUUCCUUCCGACAGUCUUAUAAAUAUGUAUUUUUGCUGUGACAGAGAAAACAUUUUUAUUAAAAAGAUUUUAUGGC